CCGGACCCCAGCACACCGGUUGACGCCAUAGGAUUCAGGCCAUUGUUUGUCUGCCCACCUACAAGCGUCAUCUGCCCCUCCGCGACUCCCGCUGUCUUUUUCCCUCCGUUUCUUUCCCAUUCAUCCAUUCUUCUUGGACAUUCGUCUUGGUGACUUUCUCUUAUAAUCAGAUUUUCAAGAAACAAAAGCCAUCACCAUGCCACCUUUCUCGCAGGCCACCGAGCUCUCCGCCUGGAAGGAGCUCCAGGAGCACCACACCGCUGUCGGUCGUAACAUUGUCCUGAAGGAGGCCUUCGAGAAGGACCCUCAGCGCUUCGAGAAGUUCAGCCGGACCUUCAAGAACACUGUCGACAACUCGGACAUCCUCUUCGAUUUCUCUAAGAACUUCCUCACCGAGGAGACCCUCUCCCUUCUGGUCAAGCUGGCCAAGGAGGCCAAUGUUGAGGAGCUCCGCGAUGCUAUGUUCAAGGGUGAGCACAUCAACUUCACUGAGGAUCGUGCUGUCUACCACGCUGCUCUCCGCAAUGUCUCCAACGAGCCCAUGCAAGUCGAUGGCAAGAGCGUUGUCGAGGAUGUGAACUCCGUGUUGGAGCACAUGAAGGAGUUCUCCGAACAGGUCCGCAGUGGUGAGUGGAAGGGUUACACUGGCAAGAAGAUUGAUACCGUCAUCAACAUUGGUAUCGGUGGUUCGGAUCUUGGUCCAGUUAUGGUCACCGAGGCCCUGAAGCCAUACGGUGCUGCGGGCAUGAAGCUGCACUUUGUCUCCAACAUUGAUGGAACUCACAUUGCCGAGGCCCUCAAGGACUCCAAUCCUGAAACUACCCUCUUCCUGAUCGCUUCCAAGACCUUCACCACCGCAGAGACUACUACCAACGCGAACAGCGCUAAGAAGUGGUUCCUCGAGACUGCCAAGGAUGAAUCUCAUAUCGCCAAGCACUUCGUUGCCCUUUCCACCAACGAGGCCGAGGUCACCAAGUUCGGCAUUGACAAGAAGAACAUGUUCGGCUUCGAAUCCUGGGUGGGUGGUCGCUACUCCGUCUGGAGUGCUAUUGGUCUCUCCGUUGCCCUCUACAUCGGUUAUGAGAACUUCCACCAGUUCUUGGCUGGUGCCCAAGCCAUGGACAAGCACUUCCGUGAAACUCCUCUGGAGCAGAACAUUCCCGCCAUUGGUGGUUUGCUGAGUGUGUGGUACAGUGACUUCUUCGGUGCCCAGACUCACCUGGUUGCACCUUUCGAUCAGUACCUGCACCGAUUCCCUGCCUACCUGCAGCAGCUCUCCAUGGAGAGCAACGGCAAGGCCAUUACCCGCUCUGGUGAAUACGUCAAGUACACCACUGGCCCCAUCCUGUUUGGCGAGCCUGCCACCAACGCCCAGCACAGCUUCUUCCAGUUGCUCCACCAGGGCACCAAGCUCAUCCCGUCGGACUUCAUCAUGGCUGCUGAGUCCCACAACCCUGUCGAGGGUGGCAAGCACCAGCGCAUGCUCGCAUCCAACUUCCUUGCUCAGUCUGAGGCCCUGAUGGUCGGUAAGACCCCCGAGCAGGUCAAGACCGAAGGCGCCCCCGACAACUUGGUACCCCACAAGACCUUCCUUGGAAACCGCCCCACCACUUCGAUUCUGGCUCAGAAGAUCACUCCCUCCACUCUCGGCGCUUUGAUCGCGUACUACGAGCACCUCACCUUCACCGAGGGUGCCGUCUGGAACAUCAACUCCUUCGACCAGUGGGGUGUGGAGCUGGGCAAGGUUCUUGCCAAGAAGAUCCAGCAGGAGCUGGAGACCUCUGGCGCUGGCGCUGGUCACGAUGCUUCAACCAGUGGCCUGCUGGCCGCCUUCAAGCAGAAGGCCAAUCUGGCAUAGGUGUUGCCAUUGGGUAAGCCGGUCAUAAAUUGAACGGACAAAAAAGGAGUAUAAUUUUUCCAUCUUGACGAGGAUAUGAAGAGUCACCUUUCUGUUAAUUAGUCAUAUCCCAUUGAAUGAGAUAUGUGUAGUAAUUUUCAAUAUUCGCUCCAUUUCUAGGUCAAUGUAAUUGUAGCGAGAGCAAUGGUUGCGACCCGAGGAAGUUGAAAUGACACGGUGUAGUUCAUUGCAUGGAGACGGGACUUGCCUUCCGUUGGCAAGAUUGGCCCA